AUGAUGGAGGAGAAUAAGCAGCUCGCUCAGCGGAUCGAUGGCGCGAUCCAGUGCGCGAAGCAGGAUGUGGCGAACCUGCGCGCGGAGCUCACAGCCACCGGCCACAGACUGGCAGAACUCGGCGAGCUGGAAGAACCGGGAGAACCGCAGGAACAUCAGCAGCAGCAGCAACAACAGAACCACCAGGAUGCACCAGUGCAGAGACAGAAAGCUCUGACAGAGCUUGGUCAAAAAGGUGACGUCGCUUCUCAGGAGACGUCGUUAGAUAAAGUGCUGCUGCAUGAGGAGGUGCUGCGUCUACAGGAGGAGGUGUCCGUGUUGAAGCAGGUCAGGGAGAUGUUGAACCGGGAGCUGGAGGAGACAGGAGGAGGCUGCUCUGUGGAGCUGAUGUCCGUCUCUCAGCUCCGAGUGCAGCUCACACAGAAGGAGCAGGAGUUGGACAGAGCCAAGGAGGCACUGCAAGCAAUGAAGACAGACAGGAAGCGUUUGAGGUUGGAGAGGACUGAUCUGGUCAAUCAGAUGCAGCAGCUUUACACCACACUAGAGAGCCGUGAGGAGCAGCUCCGAGAUUUCAUACGCAACUACGAGCAACACCGAAAAGAGAGUGAAGAUGCAGUGAGAGUUUUGGCGAGAGAGAAGGAUCUGUUAGAGCGUGAGAAGUGGGACCUUCGGCGACAAACCAAAGAGGCCACAGAACACGCCGGUGCUCUCCGUUCUGCACUGGACCUGAAAGAGAGCAGGAUCAAGGAGCUGGAGGCUGAACUGACCAUGGCAAAACAGUCUUUGGCUACUCUCACUAAAGAUGUUCCGAAGCGCCACUCACUGGCCAUGCCCACAGAGACCGUCGUCAACGGCAACCAGGAGUGGGCGAUGCAUGCUGAGCUUCCUCUGACUGCGGCCAUACGACAGAGUCAACAGAACCUCUACCACUCCAUGGACAGACAGGUCCUGAAAGCAUCACCAUGUGUUUGUGACGGUGAUGGAAUCAGUAUGAUGUCAUCAGCCGCGGCCAGAAUCAGUCCGUGUCACUCGAAACAAGCAUCUGUGAUGUCAGACGCUUCAGUAAUGGAGGGAGAAAGAUCCUCAACGCCGUCAGACUCACCUCGACACAGAACACACUCCCUCUGCAACUCCCUAGAGGACCUGGAGGAGCAGAGGCGCAGGAAGAAGAAAGAGCGCAUGGGCCUGGGCUCUCUGUCCCGGGUGUUCGGCCGAGGGAAGCAGAGAAAGUCCAUGGACCCCACUCUAUUUGAUGACUCCGACAGUUUGUCAAGCCCCGCCCGCCUCAGCGUGAGCCUAUCAGAAUGCGAGGAGCAGCUGGAUCGUCUUCAGCAGGUGGAGCUCGCGCGCUCGGCGCCCAUGUGUCGUUGGAGGGCAGGAACCGUGCAGGCGUGGCUGGAAGUGAUUAUGGCCAUGCCGAUGUACAUGCGCGCCUGUGCCGACAACGUCAAAAGCGGGAAGGUCUUGUUAGUUCUUACGGAUGAGGAUCUGGGAAAUGUUUUGGGAAUCAGUAACUCAAUGCAUCGCAGGAAACUCCGUCUGGCCAUUGAAGAUUACAGGGAUGCUGAAGCAGGACAUGGUCUUUCUAAAGCAGCUGAACUGGAUCAUCACUGGGUGGCUCAGGCAUGGCUGACUGAUGUGGGUCUCCCUCAAUAUUCCCAGUUCUUUCACACUCACCUUGUGGACGGACGUCUCCUGAGUACCCUCACACGUGCUGACUUGGAGAAACAUCUGCACGUAUCUAAAAAAGCCCACCAGAACAGCCUCCUGCUGGGAAUACAACUGCUACACACGCUUAACUUUGACAAAGAGAUUUUGCAGUCCAGACGUUCAGAGUGUGAGAAUCAAAACACAGACCCUGCCGUCUGGACUUGUCAACGCAUCAUUAAAUGGAUCAAAGAGAUUGAUCUGAAGGAGUUUGCUGAAAAUCUUCAGAACAGUGGAGUGCAUGGUGCCGUCAUGGUGUUGGAUCCUUCUUUCAGCUCCGACACCAUGGCAACAGCUUUAUGUAUUCCAAGCAACAAGCACAUGGUCCGUCAUCACCUGAGUGAGGAGAUGAAGGCUCUUGUCAGUGCAGCCAGGGCGGGGCUUGAGCAAGAAGUUGAGCCUUUGGGGACUCCGCCCACACUCCACCGGCAGAGUUCUCUGAGCAGCUCAUCACCAAGCUGUCAUGAUGACCAGCAGUCUUUGAGGAGGGUGAAGCAGCAGCUCGGUCUCAGCCCAAAGAAUCUGACUGCACGGAACAUCAGCCACCAGAGCAGAUCUGGAUCAUUUCCAAGGAAUGGACUUCAGGAGGUUUCGCUACAAAGGGAGCGUUGCCCGGUUCGCCAUUUUUCUGCUGCUGAGCUCACUAAUGUCUGA